AAAUCCAUCAAAAAACGAGGAAGACGGACAGACACUAGAGAAUCAGGAAAUCCUUCUGCAGGCGUUAAUUAGUCACCGAAUUAGAAGUAAAAUAAUCUGAAAUCAAGAGGUUUAGCAACUUUUAGUUGGAGAAAGCGAAAGUUUUUCAUCGGUGUAUUAGGUAGCUAACGUUAGUUAACGUUACUCAAGAUAUUUUGACAAACAUGCCACGCAAGAAGGUAACAGAAGUCUCAGGGAAUGGUGGGAUCAAGAGGAAGCGGGCAGGAGGCAAAAAGAAGGAAAGGGAGUUCAGCAGUGAUGAUGAGUUUGACGAUUAUGAAGAGCAGGAGAACACAAAGAAACCUGGCAAGCCUGCUACAAAGUCAGGCCUUCAACCAGUCACUGUCGCGGACGAUAUCAAGGAAAAAAUAAAACUUGACUUACCUAAAGUCAAAGGUCAACUGCUCAUUUUCGGAGCCACCAACUGGGAUCUCAUCGGAAGGAAAGAGGUGCCAAAAGCACAAGUGGCCUUCAGGAACCUAGGCCAGAACUUGUGGGGUCCUCACCGCUACGGCAGCUUGAGUGAUGUGCAGGUCAGCAGUGUGGUGUCUGGGCCCUGUGCUGCCCACAGCCUCCUAAUCACCACUGAGGGCAAGCUCUGGAGCUGGGGUCGAAAUGAAAAGGGUCAGCUGGGUCACGGGGACACCAAGCGCCUGGAGGCCCCAAAGCUGAUUGAGGCCCUCGCAGACGAAGUGGUGGUGGCUGCAGCAUGUGGACGUAACCACACCCUGGCAUUGACAGAGGGUGGCACCGCCUACUCGUUUGGAGAGAACAAACUGGGCCAGCUGGGCCAGGGCAACCAAACAGAUGCAGUCCUCAGUCCAGCCCUGAUCCAGUACAAUGGGCAGCCCUUGGUCAAGGUGGCGUGUGGGGCAGAGUUCAGCAUGGUGGUGGACUGCAAAGGAAACCUCUACUCCUUCGGGUGCCCAGAGUAUGGCCAGCUAGGACACAACUCUGAUGGCAAGUUCAUUGCCCGUGCUCAGCGCAUCGAGUUUGACUGUGAGACCAUUGCACGCCGCGUGGCCAUCUUCAUCGAGAAGAGUAAGGACGGCCAGGUGACGCCUGUACCUAACGUGGUGGUCCGAGACGUCGCCUGCGGAGGCAAUCACACGCUGAUAUUGGACUCCCAGAAGCGGGUGUUUUCCUGGGGCUUUGGUGGUUAUGGACGGCUGGGUCACACGGAGCAGAAGGACGAGAUGGUGCCCAGACUGGUGAAGCUCUUUGACUUCCCCGGGCGCGGGGCAUCCCAAAUCUACACUGGCUAUCAGUGCUCCUUCGCUAUAAAUGAGAUGGGAGGGCUGUUUUUCUGGGGGGUCACCAAUACCUCGCGGGAGUCUACCAUGUACCCCAAGUCCGUGCAGGACCUGUGUGGCUGGAAGGUCCGCAGUCUGGCGUGCGGGAAAAGCAGUAUAGUUAUCGCUGCAGACGACAGCACCAUCAGCUGGGGACCCUCCCCCACCUUUGGGGAACUGGGAUACGGAGACAACAAGGCCAAGUCCUCCACUACUGCUCAGGAGGUGAAGACCCUGGAUGGAGUUUACGCUGAACAGGUGGUGAUGGGAUACGCACACUGCCUGGUCAUCGCCAGACAGGAUACUCCACAGGAACAAGAGAAGCUCAAGAAGCUGCCAGAGUACAACCCACGCACGCUCUGAUAGGGCACCAUCCAGCUGCCUCACCUUUUAUUUUUUUACUCCAGAGACAACCGAUUCUCCAGAAUGCACCUGCCCUUUAAGUCACCUUUGUAAGUCUUGAUGGAUGGCUGGGGAGGGUGGGCUUCCAUGAAUAUGUAUGCAUACACUUUGAAAAACAAGUCAGGUCUAGGCCAUAGAGUCAGAGGUUAAAUGAAAAAAAUGCGCCACAACAACUAAGACUGAAACAAAUCCACUCUGGACAGAAUACAUCCUGCUCACAACGCUUGUCAGAUUUCUACAGCUGGAUAGAGGACUCUACCACUCAACUCUCCAAGCACGUUAUUCCUCUCUGGGUUCUACUCCUACCCCAAAAUCCAUGCAACUCCACUGAAGAGUUCACUAUAUUUUCAUGAAGUCUUUUUAUUCUUCUGUUGAACUGAUCAAUGUCCUCUCCCUCACCAUAACAGGUGCUACAUCAGUCCUCUUUGGGCAGAUUCAUUUCCAAGUGAGGGAUCACUUCAAGACCAACACUCCAUCCCUUUUAAAAUUGUCGUUUGGGGGUAUGGAGUAAAUGUUUCUUUGUGUUUGUUCCCAAAGACCAAUUGCUGAAUUUAGUUUAAUUUGUUCAUGAAGUCCAUGGCAGUAUUAGUCUUUGUCAGGUCGAUCUGUAUGCAUUGUCAGAACACAAUCGGGAUCUGAGACAUUUGUGUCACCAAGUUGAUGCUCUCCGGCCAUUGACUUAUGUUACAUUCUUUGGUUAAUCUCUUCACUUGUAUGAUUAAAUGUUGGCGUUGAGGAUGCGCAACUGUCCCUCAAAG